CUACAACUAGAACUAGAAGAGGAUAAACCCUCAAGUUCAUUAUUAUCAGUCAUAUCCAUUACCCGCCAAACUUCGUCUUCUUCCUUUCUUCUAUGCUUGACCCAAUUUGAAUCCACAAUGUCAUCUCUUGAUGUUUCUUCACAUGUUUCUCUCUCUAGAAUUCUCUCUCUCCUCUCUCCGGUGUCCAAAUUCUCUCCCUCUUCUUCGCUCCUUUUUCCAACUCGUUCAUCCAAUCUACCACUCUCUCUAUCAGCCAUAUAUCUUCACAACCGUCGGCGUACAACUACUGUUCGAUCGUUGGAAGGAGAAUUUGUAUCAGUAGAAGAUGAAUUACCGGAAAUUGAAGAUGAUGUAGAGUCCGAUUUUGAAGAUGUUAGCGAUGAACAUUUGGAUGUGGAUGAGCUCGAACUGGAGGCAGAAAAGGCCGUUCGUGAAUACUCUCUUUCUCUAUCGAAGGAAUUGAAAAUCGAAGAGGAGCCAAUUGACGAUAAAGGAACUCGUGGAAGAAGGAAGAUGCGGGAAAGGAUUAUACCCAUAAAUAUACCUGAUCAUCUUCUUCCAAAGGUUUCAAUUGUUGGAAGACCGAAUGUUGGUAAAUCGGCAUUAUUUAACCGCCUUGUUGGGGGAAACAGGGCUAUUGUGGUUGAUGAACCGGGGGUUACUAGGGAUCGUCUGUAUGGUAGAUCCUUUUGGGGAGAUCAUGAAUUUAUGGUGAUUGACACAGGAGGUGUUCUCACAGUUUCAAAGUCACAGACUGAUGUUAUGGAACAACAAUUAUCCGUCUCAACAACCAUUGGCAUGGAAGGUAUUCCACUUGCUUCUAGAGAGGCAGCUGUUGCCAGGAUGCCAUCAAUGAUUGAGAGACAAGCUACAGUGGCAGUAGAAGAGUCAUCAGUCAUCAUAUUUGUAGUUGAUGGCCAGGCAGGCCUGAAUGCAGCUGAUGUGGAAAUAGGGGACUGGCUUCGGAAGAACUAUUCAAACAAAUCUAUCAUAUUAGCUGUUAACAAGUGUGAGUCUCCACGCAAAGGAAUAAUGCAGGCAUCAGAAUUUUGGUCUCUUGGGUUUACACCACUUCCUAUAUCUGCUGUUUCUGGAACUGGGACCGGGGAGCUUCUUGAUCUUGUUUGCGCAGGCUUGGGAAAAAUUGAGGAAUCAGAUGUUCAGAACAAAGAAGAAGACUACAUUCCUUCAAUUUCAAUUGUGGGGCGUCCAAAUGUUGGUAAAAGUAGCAUCCUGAAUGCUUUAGUUGGAGAGGACAGAACAAUUGUUAGUCCAGUUAGUGGGACCACGCGUGAUGCUAUUGAUACUGAGUUUGAGGGACCAGAUGGCCAGAAAUUUCGUCUCAUUGAUACCGCUGGAAUCAGAAAAAGGGCAGCUGUAGCUUCGUCAGGUAGCACGACAGAGGCUUUGUCUGUUAAUCGAGCAUUUCGUGCAAUUCGGCGUUCUGAUGUUGUAGCUCUUGUGGUUGAGGCCUUGGCCUGUAUCACAGAACAGGAUUACAAGAUUGCGGAAAGGAUAGAAAGAGAAGGAAAAGGUUGUCUAAUUGUUGUGAACAAGUGGGAUACGAUACCAAAUAAAAACCAGCAGACAACAUUGCAUUACGAGGAAGAUGUUAGGAUGAAGCUUCGUAUUCUUAAUUGGGCACCUAUUGUUUAUUCAACUGCAAUAGCUGGGAACAGCGUAGAUAGAAUCAUUGUUGCUGCAAGUGCUGUUGAAAAAGAGAGAUCGAGAAGGCUUAGUACAGCCACAUUGAAUCAAGUAGUGCAUGAGGCUUUAGCUUUUAAAUCACCUCCAAGGACAAGAGGUGGGAAGAGAGGACGUCUCUAUUAUUGCACUCAGGCAGCUAUUAGGCCACCGACAUUUGUUUUCUUUGUGAAUGAUGCAAAGCUUUUCCCUGAAACAUACCGCCGUUACAUGGAGAAACAACUUAGAUCUGAUGCUGGAUUUACGGGCACACCAAUUCGUCUUUUAUGGCGCAGUCGGAGGAAAACAGACAAGGAUCCUGGACAAGCUCCAGCAUCAAAACCGAAACCAAAUCUCACACAUAAGAAGUUGGCCGUAGCUACAUGACCCAUCAAUCCGUAGGAUUAUUUGUGGAUUUUGAGGCAAGAACAACUACGGACAAUUUCUUGGAGAAAAAACGAGGUAAAGUUCAUAAUUUCUACAUGAUGGUGAUUAUGUUUUUGCUAAGCCAAGUUUAGUGUUAAGUUACCAACUGCCCUCUUAUGAAACUGGCACAUUAAACACCACGAGGGUAGUUGGGAGUUUGAUGGUGCAUAAUAGCAGUUGUGGGCACAGAUCUUUUAAUGCACUUAUUGGUCUUCAAAA